AAAAAAAAACUGUUAAUUUACCAGUACCAAAUCACCAAACUGGCAAACAAUAGCAACAUAGAACAAUUAACAGGUCAAACAAAAAAGAAGAAGAAAUGUGAAUUUAUUCAUAUAUUUUGGUCCCCCAUUGGAGUGAAAGCUCAUUCACAGAGGAAAACUCAGUAGUUAGGAAAGGGAAAGCAAUAAAUGCUUGAUUAUUCUGUUGGGCUGGUGUUUAUCUUUCGGUUAUUAUUGAGUUGUUCUCAGAAUUUCACACAUCAUUUUCCAUUCUUAAAGCAGAAUUUAAUUUAAAGUAUUAUAUUUAAGACACAUUUCCAGCAUUUUAGCAGAGAAGCUGGGAGACAAUACAGAAAAGUCUCAAUCUUUCUUCAUCAGCUCAAAAAACGCAGUCGUUUUCAAGAGAAAACUUCCACUAUUUUCAGCUUCAGCUCGUCCUUGAGCUUUCAAAAAAGUCAGUUCUUCCUACUUUUAUCAACAUUUGAGGCAAAAUAAAUUCUGGGUUUUUCUGGGUUUUUUGAAUAGUUGAUUGAAUUGGGUAGGAAGAGCUUUGAGAAAUGGGGAAUAUCAUUUGUAAGGCGAAAAAGGAUGGUAAUGUUGGAUCAAGAAGUAAGAGACAUGGCGGUGGUGAUAGAUCAUCGUCGAAGAGGAGGAGUUUAAUGGAGGAAGAGUUGCUGCAUAGGCAAGCUCUUUCAAUGGCAAUUCAGCAGCAUCAGUUGUCUCAGAGGUUUGAAGGUUCCAUGUCUAGGCGUAUUGGAUCCACUAGCUCUCGUCGCCGUAAUACUAAUAAUAAUUUAUCUGAUUCUUUCUCCGCUUCCACAAAACAGGUACUAUUUGUCAUUAGCUUUUGCUUUUUUCUAUUUUCCUUUGGGUUCUUUAAUUCAAUCAGCUUAUUCAGUUGCCUUUUUGCUUUGUUGCUUUCACUUUUCUCUGCCACCAACUAUGUGGGAUAUCCUACUCUAUUGUUUUCUUUUGCUGUAUUUAGGAGGGGUAAUGGUGAUGUGGUUCAAUUUCAUUAUUUGGGAUCUAGGCUCUGGGAAAAAGGGAUUGAAUUUUAAUGUCUUUUUACGGGUGUUCGGGCAAUCUAGUUUGGGAGGUAUGUGAUGCAAAGAGAUGAUGGAAAAGGUUACAGGAUUGAGUUAGAAUGAUUAUGCCAAAAAGUGGGGGGAGAGAAAGGAGAUGGGACACCUUUUUGUCUGCUGGGAAAUUAAAAGGAUUGGUAUUCCCUACCUUUUCCAGUAAAACUUUUUUCUUCUUGUUUUUCCUUAUAGUCAGUAAUAUAAUAAUGCCAAUACUUGUAUAAUUAUAAUCAAUUUUCAUCCUUAACAAUAUUUUCUUAGAGACACAGCGUGAAUAUGAUCUAGCUUGGUCAGGAAAAACAACAUCAGUUGCUAAGUGAAGUCAGUAUGAUUCUGUUUGAAGUAUCACCAGUUCUGCCCUUGGGUAACUUGUGCUAGUGGUAUUUUUCAAUCUAGGAAAUUAAAAUUAGAGUUUUGUCCCUGGCAGACUACCCUUGUAAACAAAAGUGUUUCCUGCAUUUUGCUUUUCUUCUUGGGUACAGAAGUUAAUGACUGCGUCUUAUGCAAAGGUAAGUAAUAUUUCCCUUUGUUCUGGGAUUGAAGAAGAGUAUUUGCUGUUGGGCUGCGUAAAUUCUGGGACUAUAAAUAGAAAUCUGAAGGUCAAUCACCUUAAUGAUUUAGCCUAUGAUUGUUUACAAGCAUUUAGAGUGAGAGCAGUUAUACCUGGUGAAGUUAGAGAUUAGUUGCUGGCAUAUAUUGCACAAUCCUUAGACAGGGUAUGAAUGGCUGUGACGGAAAUUAAACCUUUGCCAUAUAAGAUUGCGCAAAGCUAGAAAGGCAAGUCAACCACGAUUGAUUUGUAUUGGAAAAUUUUACUGUGGGAUGUUGUCAUAAUUUCGCUCGUGCAAGCAAUUAUACUUUACUUAAGGAACCCUCAGCUAAUGCAGCUCUCAUUGUUUACGAAACUUCGAGCUUAUAAGCUUGUUAGCUUUGUCUUGUUUUUCUUGUCACUCUAUCUUUCUUUCAGUGAAGAGGUUAUGUAAUGUUAUUACUCGUUCUGUAGUUCACUGCUUUGUUAGAUCAUUUUAAAAAGGCAAGGUUGUCGGAUAACAUGUGAUGCCCUUAUAUGUAUGGUGAUCAAGGUUAUUGUUUCUUGUUACACUUUGUGUUACUGAGAUUUUGAGGAUCCUAUUCUUAAGUAUAAUGAACUGAGGAACACUCGCUCUUGAUCUCGUUGUAUGUGCCAAAAUAUUAAAUGUUAAGAGUUACAUUGAAGUGGAUCUCCUUGUGAAACUGUUAUUUGAAUUAUUACCAUCAACAUGUGACUGAUCUUAACUCCUUGUUAACAUGAGAAGGGGUUAAAUUCUUCUGUAUUUAGUUGACAUCAAUGUAGAUGAUAUACACGUUAUGUUCCUCCUGUUUAAUCAUCCAUGAAAAGUGUAUAAAUGUUUUUAUAUAUCUGUUACAGUUGCCAGAAUUUUUGGAAAAUAUCAAAUCGAAGAAAAUUGUACUGAUACAUGGAGAAGGCUUUGGAGCUUGGUGUUGGUAUAAAACUAUUGCUCUUUUGGAGGAAACAGGUUUACUUCCAGUUGCAUUGGAUCUUACUGGAUCUGGCAUUGACUUAACAGACACUAAGGAUGUUAGAACACUGGCACAGUACUCAAAACCUUUGACGGAUUAUCUGCAAAGUCUACAAGCAGAUGAACAGGUCAUUGUGGUUGGCCAUAGUGGUGGAGGCGCUUGUGUUUCCUAUGCCUUGGAGCAUUUUCCUGAAAAGAUCUCUAAAGCAGUUUUCCUUGCUGCUACUAUGGUAUCUAAUGAGCAAAAGCCUUUCGAUGUGUUUGCCGAGCAGCUUGGAUCUGCAGAACUUUUCAUGAAAGAAUCUAAAUUUCUAAUCUUUGGUAAUGGGAACGAUGAACCUCCAACUGGAUUCAGGUUUGAGAAGCAGCAGAUGAAUGGAUUAUAUUUCAAUCAGUCCCCAACAAAGGAUAUUGCUCUGGCGAUGGUAUCCAUGAGGCCGAUCCCUCUUGGUCCCAUGAUGGAGAAAUUGUCAUUAACACCUGAGAAAUAUGGAAAAGGCCGUCGGUUUUACAUCCAGACCUUGGAAGAUCAUGUACUGUCACCGGAUGUUCAAGAAAAGCUAGUUAGAGAAAAUCCCCCAGAAGGCAUAUUUAAGAUCAAGGGCAGUGAUCAUUGUCCCUUCUUCUCAAAGCCACAGUCACUCCACAAAAUCUUACUCGAGAUUGCUCAAAUUCCAUAGAAGGACCAAGUACGAAAUACCCAACUAGUCACCUUGUUUUUUCACCAGAAAGAGGAAAAAUUUCAGUAGGAGUAUACUUUCUGAUAGAGGAAGAUAUAACCGUUUCAUCAAAGGCCAUCAUCUAUCUGUACACCGAGAAAUGCUAUUUUUUUCUUGUAUAAUAGAAAUCUGUUCUUCCUUUUCAUUCAUUUUUGAAUGUCACUUCUAUAUUGGCCAUCAGCAAAUUGGAUAAGAGUGAUUAACAACUAUACAAACUGAAACCAGAAGCGUGGACUGCCAGCUUCUUCUAAAGAUUUGAUUUCAUGAUUCUCUAGAAGGUUUGAGAUUAAUACAGGA